AAUAUAUACAGGUUCUUUAUCGACAAAAAGUAGAUUUAUAUCAAGACCACCUCAUCUCUUCAAGUACAACCCUUAGUACUUCUUCAGUCAUGUCACCAACUACACCUACUGCUCAACCUUCACAUCAUCACUAUCACCCUUCUUCGGUAUAUUUACCGGAUAGUAUUCAUGAGAGGAUGAAACAAUUGAUUACCAAAGAUAUAAACUUCAUAUUGGAUACUUACACAGUAUCAUCCAUGUCAGCUUCUACACUUAGUACAUCAACUGGUUCUUUUCUUAUGGGAUUAACCAGUGAACAUAAAGAAAACUUGAAAAGGAAAGUAUCUUUAUGGGAUUUUAGUCCUCUAAACCUCUCACAUCAAGACUUGAUUCAUUGUGUGGUCAUCAUCUUGAGUCAAGCAUUUUUACUACCAAAUAUGCCAACAAUGAACCCAGAGCAACUCUAUGAUUUUGUCAUUGAUUUAUCCAAUUUAUAUCAUGACGAUAAUCCUUACCAUAACUUUUCUCAUGCAGUAGAUGUACUUCAGUGUAUUUAUUACUUUUUAUGUCAUAUCGGAUUACUAUCAUUUGCUGAUCCAACCAUUCAACCCAACAAGCCUCAAUGUGACAAGGGAUGUAUAUUACGACCUAUUGAUAUAUUCGCUCUCUUGAUUGCUGCUAUUGGCCAUGACACUGGCCAUCCAGGUGUAAAUAAUGCAUUUUUGAUAAAUACUUCGGCUCCUUUAGCAUUAUUAUACAAUGAUCACUCAGUCUUGGAAAGUUUUCAUGCAAUGACUUUAUUUCAAUUAUUAAAAAAGCAUGGAUUUGAUACCUUUUUAGGUGGCACAGACUCAAUAAAAUAUAAAGACUUUAGAAAACUGGUUAUUACAAGCAUACUCGCUACAGACAUGGCACUGCAUAGUGAUUAUGUCACAAAGAUCAAGGAGCAAACAAAGCGCUUGAUGGACAGCGAUCCCAAAGAUUGGGAUGAAUCAAGGAGACUUGAAGAAAGAUUACUCUUUUGCAGCGGUUUAAUGAAGUGUGCAGAUAUAAGCAAUGUGGCUCGUCCUUUUCCUCGUGCAUUUGAAUGGGCGCAAAUUUUAGUUGAAGAAUUCGCUUGCCAGGGCGAUCUAGAACGUGAACUGGGGUUACCUGUGAUACCCAUGAACGACAGAGCAAAGAUCGUGUUGGAAGAUAGUCAGAUUGGUUUUAUCAAAUUUGUAGCGCUUGGACUGUUUGAGAGUAUCCAAGGUUACAUGCAAGAUUUAUCAUUCCCUGUAGAAUAUAUCAAACGAAACUUGUCUAUUUGGGAAGAAAGAAAGAAAGAAUCAUUUGACAAGGAACAUCAAAUCACUGAGGAAACAGCCAUCGUUCAGUCAACGAUUGUAGAGGACGAAAAGGACUAUAGACGCGCACUCAAUAAUGAAUCAGAUUCAGAAUAUAAAUUACCAGCUAUGCCUGCUGUAGCCAUGACGAGUCUCUCACAUAUAUAUCCAAAAGAAAUAUCCCAUGAUCAGCAUCAAGAAGAUUGGAAUCAAUCAGCUCAAUCAUCUGGGCCAGUCUACUGUCAUUGUAUUAUUCAAUAGUCUUUCUUUCUUUUUUACCUUCUUGUAUAGAUAUUAUUAUAGAUUGUAUAUUUUAUUAUUACUACCCCCCCUUUUUACACCCUUUUCUAUAUUUUAUUCUUCAUUUGACAUCUUGUUCAUUCCUUCAAUCACAUAUAUACACACUCUCUCCCUCCUUUUUCUUGUCGUUUGCCCAUAUGU